AUGCUGCUUCCACUACUAGUACUUUUCUUUCUCUUAUUGUCUCUGUCAGUCCUCUGUCGUUCAGUCAUGGAUGGCGUGGCUUUUGUUGAUGGGAAACCGGUGCCGUGUGUCAUGACACUGAGCCAGGUGCAGGCUUUAUUUCCACAAGGCCUGGUAGGCCUUUGUGAGUGCUUCGGUGGAAGAUCUCAUGUUUUUCCGGAUGCGGAGGGAACUUUUCAUCUUAAGGGCGGCGCCUCAUAUACACUGAAGUUAAGUGGCGCAGCAAAAUGGCCGAGUCAAGGUGAAGGUAAGGGAGAAAAACAGGGGCCUUGUGCCUGGGCUCCUUCUCUAUCCACUUCUACUUCUACUGCCGCUAAGCCUAUCGUUGAUUCCACGGCAUUGUAUAAUGCUAAUGCGGAGGAUGAACAGUGCCUUUUUCGUUCAGCCAACGCUUCUCCUUGUUACGCGGAGAAAAGUGUACGGGAUAUUUUUCAUUCAGCUUCUCCACCUGAUGCGCUUUCGGACGCCCGGGCCGGUAAGGUCUCAUAUAACGUUGGGACGGCGAGCUCCCUUGCGGAGGAUGAUGCUCCACGCACGGCUGUUGACUGCUCGGGGGAGUUGUCCUUUUGUUUGCCUUUGGUCGGCACUAACGACACACCGGGAAAGCACAUUCAGGAUCGUGUGCACGAGUACGUCUUUCUUCCAACUAUUGCGAUUCGUAUAGUUGACACGCUUGAGUUUCAACGUCUUCGUUCGCUGAAGCAGCUUGGCACCACUGUAUUUCUCUAUCCAGGCGCAACACAUACACGCUUUGAGCACUCCAUAGGCGUGGCGCAUUUGGCGUCUCAGAUGGUUCGUCAGAUUGCUCUUUGUCAACCCGAGUUGAAUAUUACACGAGCUGAUACCAUUUGUGUUACCGUUGCAGGGCUGUGUCACGACAUUGGCCAUGGUCCGUUUAGCCACUUGUUUGAGCACCUGGUGAAUCGCAUUCGUGAAAGGAAAAGAAUAAAAGGCACGUGGCAUCAUGAGCAAAUGUCUAUCCGCCUUCUGCGUCGUAUUCUCUCCCGAAUUAACCUUUGGGAGUACGGUCUGACAGAUGAAGAUGCACGUUUCAUAGAACUUUGUAUAUUGGGGCUUGCCCCAAAAUCACCGUGGCCCACAAAUGUUGGACGUCCGCCAUACAAGCGAUUUCUUGUGGACAUCGUGGCGAACAAACGCAAUGGCGUUGAUGUGGAUAGGCUUGACUACUUUCUUCGAGACUCGCUUGGUUGCUAUGGUCGCGCCGCUCUUGAUGUACACAUUCCUCGUCUAUUUAGCGCGUGUAAGGUAUUGUGCUACGAAGGUGAGUAUCAAAUCUGUUUUGAAGAGAAGAUGGCCCUGAGUCUCAGCGACAUUUUAAAUGUGCGAGCGAAAUUGCACAAGCACGCAUAUCAGCACCGGAUUGUUAAGGUCACUGACUACAUGGUCUCGGAUGCCCUUUACGAGGCAGAUCCUUUCUUCAAGGUACGUGGUACAAACGGUAAACUUAUUUCCAUGUCGGAGUGCGUGGAGGAUGAGGAGGGAUUUUGUCAACUUGGGGACUGGGUGUGCAAUGCCAUCGCCGCUUCUAGCGAUCCACGGCUGGCAAAGGCGCAGUCAAUCAUUCAGCGCAUUAAUGAGCGGAACUUGUACAGGGUUGUGGGGACGGCGAUGUUUGCGCGGUUUCAAGUGAGGGUUACAGAGGAAUCCAUCCGAGAGGAAAUAUUGAGUUACUGCAUGGAAAUUGAGGCGGAUUUGGUGCUGCGGGAUGCGAUUGACAAGACGUUGAUCGUCUCAUUUGUUGUGAUUACAUUUGGGAGCUUUGACGAUAACGGUCUUCCGGAUGAUCCCAUUAACAAAGUCACAUUUUACAAUCCAAAGAACAUUGAGCUUGGUGCUUUCAAGCUUCCAAGAACACGUGUGAGUCCCCUGUUUUUGCCGAGUGAGUAUGGCGAGCGGAUGUUGUUUGUUAUGGUGCGCGAGGAGGCGCUUGCCGAUGUUGUCACGGCUGCAUUUGAAGCAUGGCGGGAGCGUUACGAGCGGCAUUUGGGGGUGGCCGUGCCGACAAGCAACAGGAGGAAAGACGAGAGCCCUGGGAAGGGAUCCGCGAGGCCGAGGCGCUUUAGCGAGAAUCGUGACGUCUUAAGUGGUAACGACUUUGUUUCCUUUGAAGAAAUGCAGCGGCAGGUACAAACAGCCGCUUGUGAGCAGGAGGCACACCAGCCGCAGCCGCAGUCGCAGCAGCAACAACAGCAACACUUCCAGCGUGGUGUGAAGAGUGCUCGUUCCCCCAGUUGUAAACUUGGGAACUUGCAAGGCGAACGCACGGAUGGGAACGACGAGAAUAAUGAAAGGGUAAAACGGAUUUGUACAUCAGUCGGGAGGGGAAAUGUGGAGGAGAAACACACGGACACAUGCACACACGAGGGAGGGGCGGUAGAAUGA